AUGCUUGCAGCGGAGAAGAAGGCCGGCCUCUCAUCCAGUACAGCUGUAUCGUCUAAACCUGCACCUUCAACCUCUACCUCCCACAAGCCUCGCGGUCUGGCGAGUGCUUCUGAAUCAUCUCAGCCUACCGCGAAGCACGUGUCAAAGCCAGUGUCUAAGCUGAUGCCGAAACCCAUUUCUAAGCCGAUCGCGAAGCCUCUCACCUCCCAGUCCGCUCCAGUAUCCAAGCCAGUGUCAAAGCCUGCAUCUAAACCUCCGAUGCUGUCCCCGGUGCCCUCAAAACUCCCUCCUAAGAGCCACUCGCCCGAUGUCGUGAACUAUGAGAUGUCGGAUAACGCCGAGUCCUCGGGAGGUGACAGCGACUCGGACUCGGAGCGUCAUGGCAAGAAGAAGGUGCCUAGGUGGGCGCAGAAGGACCAUCUCAACAAGAUUCUUCACGCGCAGUUCGGCAAGAACGCCAUUGAUCCCUCACCUGCGAUUUUCCAGGACUUCGUGCAUCUACCGCAAUGA